GCGGUUGCAGCAGCAGGACGGAGGAAUGUGACGGUGUCCGUGUGCUCCACUUCACCUCUGCGGAACUCCUCAUGGGAAGAAACGCACAGAACUUCCCCGGGAGUUUGAGACACAUGUGGUCUAACACUGGAGCUCUGAGCAGGAGUGGCAGCCCUGGAGGAGGCAGUAAAAGUGUGUUUUUCAGUGGAAAGAGGAACAGAGAGAAACACUUCCUCGUGGUGAAACCGCUCACAGUUGAUUCUUCUGCUGCUCAACAUUUUAUCUCUGCAGGGAGAAAAGAUGGCGACACCUAAAGUGGUCCUCUUGAGAACUUUACAAGAGUUGGGAGCAGAGGACUUUAAAACAUUCAAGUGGUACCUGCAGCUGCCAGGGGAAUUAGAAGGCUUCCCAGCAAUCCCAAAGAGUCAACUAGAGGAUGCAGACCGGGUGGACACGGUGGAUCAGAUGGUUCAGAACUAUUGCAUGAACACUAUUAAAGUGGCUACAAUAGUUUUGGGGAAAAUAGAUCAGAAUGAACUAGCAGUGAAUUUAUCAAAGACAACAUCAGAACCUACAGAGAUUCUUGCUGAGUGCCAAGCUAAACUCAAAUCAAAUCUGAAGGAAACUAUUCUAGGUGUAGAUUUCAAAAUUGGGGUCUCUGGUUCCGAUAUACAUGAAAUCUUCACGGAGAUCUACAUCACAAUGGAAGAGACUGAAAAACUCAACAUGGAACAUGAGAUCAGACAGAUUGAAAUAGCAGCCAGGAAACCAGACAGACCAGAGACAACAAUCAGACAAGAAGACAUCUUUAAACCCCGACCUGGAAGAGAUAAACCAACCAGAGCAGUGAUGACAAAGGGAGAGGCUGGCAUUGGGAAAACAGUCUUAACACAGAAGUUCACUCUGGACUGGGCUGAAGACAAAGCCAACCAGGACAUACAGUUCACAUUUCCCUUCACUUUCAGAGAGCUGAAUGUGUUGAAAGAGAAAAGGUUCAGCUUGGUGGAGCUUGUUCAUCACUUCUUUACUGAAACCAAAGAAGCGGGAAUCUGCAGGUUUGAACAGUUCCCGGUUCUGUUAAUCUUUGACGGUCUGGAUGAGUGUCGACUUCCUCUGGACUUCCACAACAACGAGAUCCUGACUGAUGUUACAGAGUCCACCUCAGUGGAUGUGCUGCUGAUAAACCUCAUCAGGGGGAAACUGCUUCCCUCUGCUCACCUCUGGAUAACCACACGACCUGCAGCAGCCAAUCAGAUCCCUCCUGAGUGUGUGGGCAUGGUGACAGAGGUCAGAGGGUUCACUGACCCACAGAAGGAGGAGUACUUCAGGAAGAGAUUCAGAGAUGAGGAGCAGGCUGACACAAUCAUCUCCCACAUCAAGACAUCACGAAGCCUCCACAUCAUGUGCCACAUCCCAGUCUUCUGCUGGAUCACUGCUAAUGUUCUGGGGGAGGUGUUGAAAACUGGAGAGCUGCCCAAGACCCUGACUGAGAUGUACAUCCACUUCCUGGUGGUUCAGUCCAAAGUGAAGAACGUCAAGUAUAAAGGAGUGACUGAGACAGAUCGAUACUUGGAGACAAUUGAGUCUCUGGGAAAACUGGCUUUUGAGCAGCUGCAGAAAGGCCACCUGAGCUUCUAUGAAUCCGAUCUGACAGAGUGUGGCAUUGAUAUCAAAGCAGCCUCUGUGUACUCAGGAGUGUUCACACAGUUCUUUAUAGAGGUGAGAGGAAUGCACAAUAUCCCAGUGUUCUGCUUCGUCCAUCUGAGCAUUCAGGAGUUUCUGGCUGCUCUUCAUGUCCAUCUAACAUUCUUCACCUCUGGUGUCAAUCUGCUGUCAGAAGUAAAUUUGUGGAAUAAAAUAUUUGGAGGGACACCUCUCUACCAGAGUGCUGUGGACAAGGCCUUGCAGAGUCCAAAUGGACACCUGGACUUGUUCCUUCGCUUCCUCCUGGGUCUUUCACUGCAGACCAAUCAGACUCUCCUACGAGUUCUGCUGACACAGACAGGAAGUUGCUCACAGGAAAUCAAUCAGGAAACAGUCCAGUACAUCAAGAAGAAGAUCAGUAAGGAUCUGUCUCCAGAGAGAAGCAUCAACCUGUUCCACUGUCUGAAUGAACUGAAUGAUCGUUCUCUAGUGGAGGAGAUACAACAGUCCCUGGUAUCAGGAAGUCUCUCCACAGAUAAACUGUCUCCUGCUCAGUGGUCAGCUCUGAUCUUCAUCCUACUGUCAUCAGGAAAAGAUCUGGACUUGUUUGACUUGAAGAAAUACUGUGCUUCAGAGGAGGCUCUUCUGAGGCUGCUGCCAGUGGUCAAAGCCUCCAACAAAGCUUUGCUGAGUGGCUGUAACCUUUCAGAGAGAAGCUGUGAAGCUCUGUCCUCAGUUCUCAGCUCCCAGUCCUCUAGUCUGAGAGAGCUGGACCUGAGUAACAACAAUCUGCAGGAUUUAGGAGUGAAGCUGCUGUCUGUUGGACUGGAGAGUCCACACUGUACACUGGAAACUCUCAGUCUGUCAGGCUGUUUGAUCACAAAGGAAGGCUGUGCUUCAUUGGCCUCGGCUCUGAGCUCCAACCCCUCCCAUCUGAGACAGCUUGACCUGAGCUACAAUCAUCCAGGAGACUCAGGAGUGAAGCUGCUUUCUGCGGGACUGGAGGAUCCACACUGGAGACUGGACACUCUCAGGCUGAGUGGCUGUAACCUCUCAGAGAGAAGCUGUGAAGUUAUGUCCUCAGUUCUCAGCUCCCAGUCCUCUAGUCUGAGAGAGAUGGACCUGAGUAACAACAACCUGCAGGAUUCAGGAGUGAAGCUGCUGUCUGCUGAACUGGAGAGUCCACACUGUACACUGGAAACUAUCAGGCUGAGUGGCUGUGACCUCUCAGAGAGACGCUGUGAAGCUCUGUCCCCAGUUCUCAGCUCUCAGUCCUCUAGUCUGAGAGAGCUGGACCUGAGUAACAACAAUUUGCAGGAUUCAGGAGUGAAGCUGCUGUCUGUUGGACUGGAGAGUCCACACUGUACACUGGAAACUCUCAGUCUGUCAGGCUGUUUGAUCACAAAGGAAGGCUGUGCUUCAUUGGCCUCAGCUCUGAGCUCCAACCCCUUCCAUCUGAGAGAGCUGGACCUGAGCUACAAUCAUCCAGGAGACUCAGGAGUGAAGCUGCUGUCUGCGGGACUGGAGGAUCCACACUGGAGACUGGACACUCUCAGGGUGGACCAUGGUGGAGAGCAGAGGUUAACACCUGAUGUGAGGAGGUACUCCUGUGAACUCACACUGGACACAAACACAUUGAACAGAACGCUCAUAGUGUUUGACAACAACAGGAAGGUGACACGGGUGAGAGAGAAGCAGCCAUAUCCUGAUCAUCCAGAGAGAUUUAACAUCUGGCCUCAGCUGCUGUGUAGAACCGUUCUGACUGGUCGCUGUUACUGGGAGGUCGAGUGGAGAGGAAGAGUUCAUGUAGCAGUGACUUACAGAGGAAUCAGAAGGAGAGGAGACAGUGUUGACUGUGUGUUUGGAAGUAAUGAUCAGUCCUGGAGUCUGUACUGCUCUGAUGGUGGUUACUCUGUCUGGCACAAUAAGAAAGUAACACACCUCCAUCCCUCCUCAUCCUCCAUCACCUCCUCCUCCUCCAUUACCUCCUCCUCCUCCCCCUCUGGUAGAGUAGCAGUGUAUGUGGAUUGUCCUGUUGGCUCUCUGUCCUUCUACAGAGUCUCCUCUGACACACUGAUCCACCUCCACACCUUCAGCACCAUCUUCACUGAUCUUCUUCAUCCUGGGUUUGGGUUCUGGCCAUCUGCCUCCUCAGUGUCUCUGUGUCCUCUAUUGGAGGAAACAACUUCCAGUCCUGUGGUUUAGAUGUUGGUGGUGGACGAGGCUUCACUUUGGUUCACAUUUGGCUCACUGAUUGUGUCUUUACUGUCACAGAUGUUAUUUUAUAAGAAAUGGUGAAAUGAUUUCCUCAGAGCUGAACUUGUUGUGUACAAACUGUGUUGACUUUGAUACUUUAAUGACGUUUUCUUUGGAGCAGCAUGAAGCUGCUAAUAAUGUCUAUGGUGAUUGUUAAUGAGUUCAAUAAAGU